UCCUUUUUUCCCUGCUUAUAACAAAAACAGUAACAACAGAAAAUACUGUAGUUUUUUGGGUGCUUGUACUUUACUUUAGUAUUUCCAUUUUAUACAAAUUUUACUCCACUACAUUUAAUUGAUAGCUUGUGUAACGUAAUGCAAAAUGUCAUCAACAAAUAAAGCAUGAUGUAUUAAAAUAGAUUUAACAACCCAGUAGUAUUUUAAGUAUUUAAAAUGAGCCCCACCUUUACCAGCUGCAACACUGAAGUGAUAUCAUUAAUAAUUAUAAUACAAUAAUAUAUUAUUGUUAAAACUGUAUAAUGAGUAGGCCUACUUUUACUCAUGCUUCAAAUAUAUUUCAAUGAUGACAUUUUUGUACUUUUUAUAAAAGUAAAUCUUUGAAUACACAACUUACAUUUGUGGGAGAUUAUUUCCACACUGUUUUUAUGCAACUUAUAUUCUUGGGCUAUACUUUUAUACAGUCUAUGUAACCGGCAGAUUUUCAUACUUUUUUCUCAUCUCUUCAGUCAGUCAUUGUUACCAUGGCUGUUGCAGCUGCUCUGUGAGGGACACAACACUCUAUAUCGCAGGAACUUUUUCAAACACAACAGUACAACACUAAAAUAGCAAUAUUGGCCCCAGUAAAUUAGUGGUCUGGCUCCAACACUUUUAUUAUUGGUUGCAGCCUUAUAAAUAUCUGGGUUAUCUGGAUAUCAGAGUUCCAUUUGAUUCAGUAAGAGCAGACACAAUACUGAGAUGUCCUUAGCACAACUAACAUUUGGGCAAUGCAUUUCUUGGGGAUAGAAGUCGGUUUAUGAGCAGCAGAGUGUGUGCCGCUGGGAGGAUGCUGAAGGAUGCUCGGAUCUUCCGUCUCUCUCCUCUCUCCGUCAGCGCGCUCACGCCUGCCGGUGCACAGUGAGAUGCGCAUGUGACGACAAAAGCAAACGCUGGACCCUGUUUCUCUCUCUCUCUCACUCUCUCUCACUCUCUCUCUCUCUCUCUCUCUCUCUCUCUCUCUCUCUCACACACACACACACACACACACACACACACACACACACACACACACACACACACACUGCCAACAAGACACAGAGAAGAUUUAACGCUCAGCCGACAUUUACAGGCUGAUCAGACCUGAAUACACCAGGUCUGCUCGGAUUUUACUGCACGGAGUGCUGGCUCUGGCCCAGGCUGCAGCCAUGCCUCUUUUGGAAGAGACCACUCUGCCACAAGACCACCCAUCUACUGUUCCCGUGGUCAUCAUAGGGAACGGGCCAUCAGGUAUUUGUCUGUCCUACCUGCUGAGCGGAUACAAGCCCUACCUAGAUACGGCAACUGUCCACCCAAACCCAAUACUGUACAGGAAACUGCAGGAGACCAAGCACCUACCCGUCACUGAACAGGAUCUGGAAUAUUUGAGUGAAGGUCUUGAGGGGAGAUCAAGGAAUCCAGUGGCUGUGCUUUUUGACACACUGCUGCACCCCAAUGCUGAUUUUGGCUACGAGUUCCCCCCUGUCCUUCAGUGGAGGAGGGACAAGCAGCAACACAUCCCACAUCUGGUGCUGGGGAGGGCAACACCUGGAGGUGCUUGGCAUGCAAUGGAAGGCUCCAUGCUGACUAUUAGUCUUGGCAUCUGGAUGGAGCUUCCUGGCGUCAACUACAGAGACUUGGCCAAUGGGAAACGCAGGGAUGUAACGAGUGACAGAGCCACUCCAGAGGAGAUCUCAUCCUAUUACCGUAACUAUGUGAAGCUAAAGGGCCUGCAAAAGAAUUUUGUUGACAACACCUACGUGACCUCCGUCCAGAAACUCUGUCGGGGGCACGAGGGAGAAGGUCUGGAAAAUGGGCAUACUGAUCAAGGGGUGGGAGAUGGUGGGAAUGAGGGCUUUGAGGGAAAUGGAGUUGAGGGUGUAAACAAUGGAGGUGGGGGGGCUCUCUGGGAAGUCAGGGGAUACCAGCAGGUGCAGAACGACACUCACGUCCCAUUCUCUCUGUUUGCUGAGAAUGUAGUUCUGGCCACCGGUGCGUCCGAUUCACCGAUUCGAUUAGGUGUAGAGGGGGAGGACCUACCAUUUGUAUUCCACAGUAUCUCAGACCUUGGCUUGGCUGUAAGCCGGAGAAAGCUGGAUAUGAACUCUGAUCCGAUUUUAAUUGUAGGUGCUGGUUUAAGUGCUGCAGAUGCAGUUCUGUGCGCUUGCAACAGCAACAUUAGAGUGCUGCAUGCCUUUCGUAAGAGCGUAGACGACCCAGAUCUCAUCUUCAAACAGCUGCCCAAGACCCUGUACCCAGAGUACCACAAAGUUUACAACAUGAUGUGCUCUCAUGCCUACACAAAUGUGGCUCCCUCCUCUGCUCCUAACAGACCACAGGCAGUUAGCAUUGCCUCUUCGGUAUGUGCCAAGAUGUGCCCAAAGCCCCAACUUGCCUCAGGUAACACGGCUGGUAAUGCCAACGUCAGCCUGUUUCCAGACUACACCAGUUUCCCCGAACACUGCGUGGUGUCCUUCCAGUCUGACAUGAAGUGUUUGCUGCAGGGGAAAAACUCCCUCAAGGCGUUCAAGAUCUCCAUGGUCCUGGUGCUUAUCGGGACCAACCCGAACUUAUUUUUCUUGAAGGGGCAGGGCCAGUACCUGGGUCAGGAUCCAACAAAACCCAUCUCCUGCAAGAAGAACCCCAUUGAAAUCCACCCCUACACUUUUGAGUGUACCAAGGAGCCAGGUCUGUUUGCCAUGGGCCCACUGGUGGGAGACAACUUUGUUCGCUUUUUGAAGGGUGGCGCUUUAGGCAUCGCCUCCUGUCUGCUUAAGAGACUCAAGAAGAAAGGGAAGCUCAUCAGCAAUGGAGGGAAUGACUUCAUUUGAGAAUAUGAUGGAAAAAAGAGCAGUACACAUUGGUUGUAGGGCAGAUUUUGAGCGCUUUUACCAACUAAUGUAAAGAGGGGACAGUUUUAAUAUGUUUUAAUCAUUAAUGCAGUGUUUUCUCAUCAAAGUUUAGGCAUCUAUACAACUUUUUGAGACCAAAAAGACAGUGGAUGUACACUAAUUAGUUUCUAAAGAAACAAAAGACAGCUUUUAAGAGUCUUGUCUGACUUCUUAAGAAGUCCCCAGAAGUCUAAGCUACCGUGUGCCAAUGUUUUCUAGUCAAACUGUAACCUCACAACUGAAUGGGACCUUAUUUUCAUCAGGGUUAUUUAUUUGUUCAUCAUGUGUCUUUCAAUCCAUUCACUAACUUACUUUACUUUCUGUUGUAUCACAAUUGAAGUCUUGUUUUUCUAAACUUUAGGAGACAGAAAACUAAAAAGUAGAGGCAACUACUCUAAUUUUUCAUGCAACAUACAGCAUAGCUUUAUCAGUCAUGGGCUGUCACAGAGCAAUCUGCGGUCCUGCUUAGAUCUGAACUCUACACAACAUAACCAUGAGUGGUAACUGUUUGCAAGAUGAGAUGAUUUGUCCCAGAACGUGUGAACUGACAAGUUCAUGGCUACACAGUGGCUUAAUGUUCCUGAUUAUUCUGAGCCUACCAUGUUUUUUUUUGGGGGGGGGGGUUCUUAGUUUUAACUUCAGAGAUUCUUCUUUUAGCUGCUAUUGUAGUUAGUCGGAGCCAUAUACCUAAAAAGAAUUAGAAAAGUCUAAUAAAUCCUGUUGCUUUGAUUUUACCACUACUGAAAGGCUUUCUAUGCAAAUAAUUUCCCUUGCAGAUUUGAAUGUAUUCUCGGGCACCUAUUGCUAGUUUUACUAGGGGCAGCAAGUUUGGACUAAAGUGUUUUCGCUAAGGUCGUGGUCAUUAAAGGGUCAUUCUGGUGUUUUUACUUUUUUAUUUACCUCUAUAUGAAAAUCCACUCCAGUGAACAGCAGUUUUUAGAUUUGUUUAGAUUUGCAUUCAGAACAUUAGCAUCAUCAUAGCGCAAGAAACUAAAUCCGCAAUAAUCAUUUUUUAUAUUGUUUUCUUAUGGACUUGAUUUUCAAUAAAAACUAUGAAUGCCUCUGACAUUUGGCAUUCUGAUAUCUCACCAAAAUAACCCAUUCUUUAAACUAAAGAUGGACGAUGUGUUUACUGAGAGUGGUUUAAUGGGAUUUGUAGAAAAUUGGAUAAAACAAGAAACACCAGUGUAGUCCUUUAACUUGAGACUUUAAAAAAUAAUUGCCAAUUACAUUAUGAUUAGAAUAUAGUGAAAAAGUAGAACAAUUCUUGCUGUCAUUUUGCUGUCAAUUUAUUUAUCUUGAUGCCACAAUUAUAACACUUAGUGCAAAUUUUCUUGUCACUUUGAACAGUCAGCGCCAGUUCAUCUGCAU